AAAAUAAAAUUGAUAGUAAUACUUUUUCUACCCAACAGCCAAAGCUCCUUGGGUUGCUCAACGACGGUCUUACUUCCCGCUCAACAACGCAAUUCGUACCCGAUGUUUCUGUUUCGGCCGCCAUUACCAAAGCUUCCAUAACCAUUUUAAUUUGCUUUACUUUUUCCUUCUUCUUUGAUUCUUUUUUUUUCAUCGCUGCCCCAAGCUCUAUUUCAAAGCUCUGUUUCCACUUUUUCCAAAAACUCAAAUCCCCAGAGUCUCCAACUCGGUGAUUGAUGAACCCCUGAAUUAACUUGUAGGCUUUUCUGUCAGUAACAGAAAGGAUAUGGAACAAGAAACUAGUAUGAGGGCAAUAAUCCGCAAUUGGAAACAUGGUUAUAGAGCUUUGUUGCAUAUGAGAUGGGCUGCUGAUUUUGGGUUUCAUAUAUCUGUGGUUGGUUUAGUGGGAGUUGUUGGUUUUGUAUUGGCUAUAAUAAGAGAUGGUAAAUUGGGGGAAAAGAGAAAAAAACAUUUGGAGAAGUUAUGCUUAGUUCCUGGGUUGCAAAAUCUUGGCAAUAACUGCUUCUUGAAUGUAAUAUUGCAGGCUCUGGCUAGCUGCUCAUAUUUUCAGUCUUUUCUUCAGAAGAUACUAGACGAAUGUGAAUCAACACUAGUUGACAGACAGGGUGAAAGCCUGCCACUUACAAUUACUUUAUCUGAUCUCUUAGAAGAAUUAGGCAUGGCUGGAGAAAGGAGAGUCGCAUUAAGCCCACAUAAAGUUAUGAGUGCAUUGUCGCUUUAUAUUCAAAAUUUUGAUUUAACAAGCCAGCAGGAUGCAGCUGAAGCGUUUCUCCAUCUUUUGUCUUCACUAAGAGAAGAAUUUUCUGAUAUAUAUCUUCCCAAUCAAAGUACUCUAGCAGAUAUUUUUGCUUCGCAAACUAGUAGGAUUCUAACUCCAGAGAGGAAGGAGGUUCAGAAUGAGCAGAAAAGAUGGCAGCAACACUAUCUUGGACCUUUUGAUGGUAUAAUUGGUAGCAUUUUAUCUUGCCGCAGUUGUUCAUAUCAGAUUUCUUUGGAUUUUCAAUUUUUUCACAGCUUGCCCCUUUUUCCAGUGCUUUAUGGUGCUUCCACCAUUAUGGCUGGAUGUACCUUGGAGGAUUGCUUAUGGCAGUUUGUCCUUGCUGAAAAACUUGAGAAUUACUACUGCAGCCAUUGUUGGCACAGUGCUGCAAUAAAGUUUUUAUCUUGUAAAGGAGCAAAUGAGAUUGAGAUUGAAAAGUUGAAGAGAUGCAGUGCAGAAGAAUCCUGUGAUUGUCGUAGUUUUUGCUGUCUAGAAAAUCUACCCUGGUCAAAUAACUUUUCUAAUACUCUAAAGCAGCUAUGUAUUGCUCGUUGUCCAAAGAUUCUAUGUCUUCAUCUACAACGUGCUUCAAUUAACGAGGUCGGGGAACUAAUCAAGCUUCAGGGCCAUAUUGCUUUUCCAUUGAUUUUAGACCUGUCACCAUUCAUGACUACUGAGGUGGAAAUAACGAACUGGGAAGGGGUCCAUAAAGGGCAACUGAAGCUGCAAAAUCAAAAGACAAGGCCUCAUCUCAACCUUAUCAAUGCCCAAUAUGAAAGCAUUCUCAAUCGCAUCAGUAAACCAACAGGAGAAAAGGUCUCUUCAGAAAUAUUAGUUGCAAACGGCUCUCAAUGUACUACUUCCCCCGGAGAAUCUUUGCCUGAGAAGAGUAAGCUGUACCCAACUGAUGGCUGUUCAAAGGCCUCCAACAUAGACAUGCAUGAGCAACAUAAUGACAAGGUAAGUUUGACCAGCAAGUUACCUCCUUCAGAAACUAAAUUAUACCGACUUGCUUCAGUUGUGGAGCACUUUGGGAGACCUGGAGGUGGGCAUUACACUGUUUACAGAAGUAUGAGAACUAAAUCUGAUGAGGUAGAUUCUGAUGAAUACUCCGAGCCUGCUACAACCAAGUGGUUCUGCAUUUCAGAUUCUCAAGUAUGUAGUGUCUCCGAGAAGGAUGUUUUAGCUGCAGAAGCAAGCUUACUUUUCUAUGAGAGGAUCGUAUAAGACUGAAAUGAUGCCUACUCGUAUACUUAUGAUCUCCCAAACUCUCCAUCUCAUUUCUCUCAAAAGCUACUUCGAGCAUCAUAAUUGCAAAUUGUAACAUUAAAGUGUUGAUAUGGUGCUUGUGAGAGGCCUACUGAGAAUUGAUUGUGAUCAACUAAUUGGGAUCGACCCUUUCCCGGAGUAACUGUGGAAGAAGCAUAGCUUGUUUGGAGAUUAUACCUUGAAACUGAACCUCUCCACUCUAAACCUAUCAUUUCAUUGUGAAGGGCAAACAGCCGAACUAACAGGAAGGAUGGAUGGUCCAAGGGUUCUUGCUCUUGCUAUAAAUGCAACAUUUGCCGCUUCAUAUCGUUGUUUGUGUUUUUUUCUAAAGGAAAAUGUUACGAGCUAGUUGGAAUAUGUUUACACUCUUAGGAGAUUCAAUGCAAUUGCCUUUUUGUGAGGGAUUUUCCAUCUUGAUUUUGCCAAACUUCGUGAUGGUAAAUAAUUGGGUGUUUGGGUUGUAAUUUCAUGCACUGUCAGCUUAUGAACACUAUUCUUAGUAAAGCAUGUCAACAUGUUAGUGAGAUGGGUUAAUUUA